AGGAACAGUCUCUGUCCAGCCAGAGGAACAACAGCAAUGAAUUCCAAGUAUCAGCAUGUUGGACUAAAUGAUGGCCAUGCGAUCCCACAACUGGGCUUCGGUACCUAUGUACCCCAAGAGAUUCCUAGAAUUAAUGUAAUUGAGGCCACCAAAAUAGCUAUAGAUGCUGGCUUCCGGCACAUUGACACUGCGUAUGUGUACGAAGUAGAAGAGGAACUAGGGCAGGUUAUUCGAAGCAAGAUUGAAGAGGGCACUGUGAAGAAAGAAGACAUAUUCCUCACCUCAAAGCUCUGGUGCACAUUCAAUCGACCAGAGCUAGUCCGGCCUUGUCUGGAAAGAUCACUGAAGAAACUACAGUUGGAUUAUGUGGAUCUCUACCUUAUUCAUUUUCCAACUUCAUUGAAGCCUGGAGAAGAUGUCUUUCCAAAAGAUGAGCAUGGAAAAUUGAUAUUUGACACAGUGGAUCUCUGUGACACAUGGGAGCUGAGUACUUGAAGAAUAGACUUGAGAGGAUGCUUAGAGAGUCAGGUCAUGUCUCCAACUCCAAGAAUGGAAUCUGUACCCUUGAAAUCUAGAAAAUCAUGACAUUUACAAUGGUGUUUUGCAGGAGUGAUAGGGGAGAAAGCAUUAGUGGAAAGUAAAAGACAUGAAUGUCUGAACAGAAUUGAUGACAAGAAGAGUGAUCUCUUGCUUCCUUAUGCAGUGAUGUCUCUAUUUCUCCAAGGAGCACACCCAAUUAUUUCUUUGUAUGUGAAUUCUUUGUAUGUGAAUAUAUUCUCCAAAUGUCUUGACCAUUUUUCUUCUACCAACAAUCAUAUGUAGUCAGUUCAUUGUUUAUUGAUAGUGUUUCCUUCAUCAGCUCCAUUUUGCAUUUAUAUUGAUUCAACCAAUGGUACAGAUGGAUCCGCAGAACUCCUUCCU